AUGGAAUGUCAGGGCGACCCUAAGGUUUCAAGGGCCCGUCCAUCGACAGCGCAGGCGGAUCCGGUAGUGGACCGAAAAUUUGAAUUUUUGGUAGCGGAGCUGAAGCGCUUCGAAAUAGCAAUAGCUGGCGUACAGGAGACGAAAUGGUUCGGGGCGGACGUCUGGUCGUCGUCUGGCUUCACUAUGUUACACUCGGGCCGUCAGCUGCCUCCUGCUGGUACUCCAGCGUUCCGCAACGAGGGCGUUGGCAUCGUCCUCAAUCCAGAGAUGACUGACGCGUGGCGACGUGGUGGCAAGUCCUGGACGGCAGUAGGCUCAAGAAUAGUGGUGGCGCGACUCAAACUGGCGGACGCGGGUGAUUGGGUGCCCUCGCAGCGGUGGAGGAGACGGUCGGACUUGUUCCUGUCUGUCAUCAAUUGUUACGCUCCCACUAGUAAGGCCAGUUUGCCAACGAAAAAUAAAUUUUACGCGGACAUGCAGACUACACUGGACGGAGUACCACGUGAUGACAUUCAAAUUGUUCUGGGGGAUUUCAACGCGCGUGUGGGUGUUCAGCCUGCUUCUGGUGAUAAGUGGUCUGAUGUUCGUGGCAGGUAUGGCCUUGGACAGUGUAAUGCAGCAGGAGAACGGCUGCUGAUGUGGUGUGCUACAAACCAGCUGUCCAUUAUGAACACGUGGUAUUGA